CAGCGGCUUCCGGUCACUGGCACCAACUGCCUCAACAGAUUUGGAGGCAGAGUGUCAGCUGGAGAUGGAGAUGUCCGGCCUCAACUGGAAGCCCUUUGUAUUCGGUGGCCUGGCCUCAGUCACCGCCGAGUUUGGGACCUUCCCCGUGGACCUGACCAAGACACGGCUGCAGAUGCAGGGACAGUCCAGCGACGCCCGCUACAGGGAGAUUAAAUACCGCGGAAUGUUUCACGCCUUACUGCGCAUCGGGCGAGAGGAGGGAAUCAGAGCUCUUUACUCUGGGAUCAGCCCUGCGUUGCUGCGCCAGGCCUCCUAUGGCACCAUAAAGAUCGGUGUUUAUCACAGUCUCAAGGGGCUAAUUGUGGAGCAUCCGCAAGACGAGACCCUCCUGGUGAACGUGGUUUGUGGCAUCCUUGCGGGCGUCGUUUCCUCCUCCAUCGCCAACCCUACCGAUGUGUUAAAGAUCCGUAUGCAGGCGCAGGGCAGCCUGAUCCAGGGCAGCAUGGUGGCCAACUUCAUCAAUAUCUAUCAGCAGGAGGGCACGAGGGGCCUGUGGCGGGGGGUAAUGCUGACGGCACAGCGAGCAGCUAUUGUGGUAGGGGUGGAGCUGCCGGUGUACGACAUCACCAAGAAACAUCUGAUACUCUCCAGCUCCCUGGGCGACAACAUUGCCACACACUUCAUCUCCAGUUUCACGUGUGGUCUGGCCGGAGCUCUAGCCUCCAACCCAGUUGAUGUGGUGCGGACACGGAUGAUGAACCAGAAAGUAUCAAUGGACAGUCACCUCCUGUACGGGGGAACACUGGACGGGCUCCUCAAGAUCUGGAGGAGUGAAGGCUUUUUGGCGUUAUAUAAAGGCUUCUGGCCCAACUGGCUCCGCCUGGGCCCCUGGAAUAUAAUCUUUUUCAUUACUUAUGAACAGCUGAAAAGGAUUCCUUUGUAGCAGCUGCUGAUCGUGCAGUGACAGCCCGACCCAAGCCACAUCCUUGCCAUUUGCACUGUUCUUGUUUGGCCAUUUGUUAGUGCCUUUGCUUGGUUGCUGUUGCGCUGGAGCGAGGCUGCGCUGGAGCGAGCUGCCCGGCUGUGUACUGCACAGGGAGGAUCAAUGCGUCCAGCAGCGCCGACAUCCUGUCCUUUGUUUGGAAUCGCUCAGAGAUUGUAAUGACUUUUCCUUUCCAUGUCCGAGCUUGCUGUCUCCAGCACCAGGCCCAGGCUUCUCGCAUCACCUCUGCUCUGUGAGGAGCUGUUUGUGAAAUAAUCUAUGAACUGAGGUGCUGAGCUCUGUACCAAGGCCUGUGUGUAAGCUAUGGGGAGCUCCCAUCAUUGUGCACAAUGUUGUGCUGCUUUUACUCCAGGCUCACUCCUGUAUUUGUUCACUCCGGAAGGUCAGUGGGGGUUUGCUGAUGUGCCUGCGUUGUGGUGAAAAUUCUCAGAAGAUCAUUUUAUUCUGUGAAUUCAUCUUUGUUACAUUUUUUAAAACUCAAAAGAACCAAAAGCUCACUUUUAAAAUCACAGAAUUUGAACCAAAUUCAAAAUCAGAAUUGUCACAUUUCCUGAAGUAUUUUAUUGUUUGAGGUUAAAUGUCUAGUGGAGCGAGUGCUUGAGAUGCGUCCAGCUGCUACUACAAGAUUAUAUCCAUCUUGAACACUGGCCAACCAGUGGGACACGGUGUAAAUGCCCCCACGGCUAAGAGAAGACAUUGAGGAAAUUGAUUGGAAGAUACAAGGGGCAUUCGUGCUGUUGUUGACUCAGUGGUACCUCAUGAUCGUGGUUGUCAUGAACCUCAGCCUGGACCCUGUCCUGAGGGACCAUGCUGAGCUGGGACAAAGGGCUCUCUGGUCAGUCAGGGUCAUCCCUCUUCAAGGACAGCAAAAUUCCGAUGCAGGUCAAGCUUGUAAACAAUCCUCCUUUAUAGAUCCGAGCUCCUGGGGAUGCAAUAGAGAUGUUUCCUUUAACCCAGCUGCAAAGUCCAGGAUCAGCAGUGAGGUGGGUUUGUGGCAAACACGGGAAGCAGCUGCAGGAGGGAGGGCUCUGGCCUACACUGACCUGCUACUAAUCACUGGAGGUGGCUUCAUUUAUUUAUUUGCCAAGGCCCGUCACAUGAGGACCUGGAUGGAGCAGCUGGUGCUAAGUAAGCCAGGUACAUGGCAAUGGACUUGGACCUCGAGAACAUCAAGGUGUUUGGCACAUCACAAACUGACCUGCAAAGCUCCUCCCACCACACUGAAGGCAGAUGUCUAUCAGAUAGCUGAUGAGGAAAAUCUGAGGCUUGGGGCAACAGCUGCUGGAAGGCGUUCCUUGGAGUCUGAGUUUGUGAACACCUGUUCAUACGUCCAAGCACCUGGAACCCACUGUGAUUGGCUGCAGAGAGGCCAGGAGUUGCUGCUUAAACUCUACACCUCCGUCUGGUGGAACUAUCACUCAGUGGGAAGUGAUGUGUGCCUGAGCUGUGGAUAGGAAAAUGGUGGCAAUGCUCAGGCUUUUCAUGUUGAGCUGUAUUGCUCACCGGGGCUCACAGGGAGUUCCUGGUACCUCUCAUCCACCUGGUGAGGCCCAAACCUGCACUUGUCAGAUAUUGAACAUUCAACUAGUGACUCUCCUUGAGGGUGAGGUAAGUGGGGUCUCUGGAGCUGAACCAGCUCUGAAGUGAUAUAUUUGGCUACAGAAUGUCAGGCCUGGCUCGAUUCUCUGUGAUGGUAUCUAGUCCAGUGCCUGGGCCAGGUGGGUCUGCAAUAUUCCAGGGCACUGCUGAUGGCAGCACAGGCCAGCCUGGCUCAUCAGCAGGACCUGGAAUGUCAGACCAGUCGCUGGUGGCAGGGAGUCAUCCCACUCAGCUCUUGUUAUCCCAGUCCUAACUGGAUAAGCAGCGGGAAAGCUUGCUGGACAAUGCUCUCAUUGACAAGCUAUGCAGAUUUAGCUGGUUAUACUCCAGCAGUUACCCCAACACACUCUAUGGUCCCCCCAAAUCUUGGCUCUUGCCAACCUGUGCCUGAUACUUUCCAAAAUUAGGUAACCAGGAUGUGUCCCUCCAGGGAGAGAGAGAGCGCAUUCUAUUUUAACAAUCUAUCUCUGGGAUUUCCACGUGGAGUUGGGAUACAUGGAAUUCUCAGUUUGGUUUCUUCAUGUGUCAGACGCCCGGCUGGCCAAAAAACAAUCAUGUUCAGUCAGUCAUUUCUCUUUCCCCUAAACAGAUUAAUAUAUGAAGUGUGUUGGGAGGUGAUGCUAGUGGGGUGGUCUGGGUGAGAUGAUCAAUAUUUAUGACAUUUUACAUUAAAUGAGAGAAAAGGA